GGAUGAAUUCGCAGACUCUGCUCUGAGUCUGAGAGUUCAGCUUCUGUCUGGUGAGAAAUUUAAAUCUUUGGAGCUCCUCCUUCCUCUUCAUAGAUUUCAGGGUAAGACCAGAAUUCAAUGCCCUAAUCCUUUCUGCCCUGAUUGAUCUUCUCGUGGCGCUGCAAUAUACGCUGCGCGAGCUUUUGUCGUAGAUAUUUCUCCAGAGUCGGUGCGGGCAACAGAAGCAACUAACCUCAGCGAUGGAGGAUGAUGAAGUUGCCUCAGGGAGCAUUCCUGCACCUAGCAUCCCUGUCAAGUGGAAAAACAAAAAGUUAGCACGACCGAGUAGUGGUAUGGCUGAGCUCGUCCAGGAGAUGCAAGAGACUCUUCCAGUGGUGGGUAUCUUCCACUGCGGGUUUGUGUGGCUAGAACCUUCUGAAGAUGAGGUGGAACUUCUAGAGAGGGGCGCCUUUGGCAAGCCGCUGCCCCAUGCGGAGAUACUUAGAAGGCAGGCCUAUCCGGAGGAGGUGUUACGGUCCAUCGAACGCCGGUCGUUCAUUGCGCAGCUUGAACUAGAGGAGGCAUUCUUUCUAGCGUACGCCGUGGGCUGGCUCCACAUCAAGGACAGCCAAGGAGUCCGGAUACCUGCUACCGAGCUGUGGCGCCUCUUCCAAGAGUGCCGGCCGACCUUCCUCCCCCUCUACACUGCGUACCACCAUUUUCGGUGUAGUGGCUGGGUGGUCAAGAACGGCGUCCAGUUUGGGGCGGACUGGGUCCUCUACCGGGGGCACCCUGGAGAGAUUCAUUCAGAGUACUGCGUGAUAGUGGCAGCAGAGGGGCUGCCCCCCAGGCUGGACACGUGGGUGGACCUGCACUCAGAAACCAGGCUGUGUCGACAAGUGGUGAAGGGCCUGAUUCAAGUGAACCUUAUCCAAGAUCGGGGGACAGCGAGUGCAGAUCCGACGGAACACUUGGCUAGUUUCUCUAUUGAAGAAAUCCAGAUCAAGCGGUGGCAACCUGAACGGCACAGGGAAGGGCCACAGGAAUGACCAGCAAUGCCUAUAACGAUGGAUAGAGUCCCUGGAGGGAGAUUUGAGGAUGCUUACCGAGGCAAUCAUCAACAAGACGGGAUGAUGCGAGCGUACAACUCUAGUAGUAUUUGUACUUGAACUUGCCGGCUCAGAUUGCCAGCUUGAGCUUGCAGAUGCCAAUGUGUAUGUCGAGGUAAGUAGGAAAAAACCACGCGUUGAAAGUUGAACUAGAGCGUGAGGAGUCGUGCCGAAGCCCCUCCAGAUAGGAUUGCGGAAUAAGCUAGCCUAUAGGUGAAAUCCUAUUAAUGGACAUCUCGAUUGGUGCAUGCACUUCGUGCAACUGUCACGGUAGGUAUCAGACAUCUGUGGCACCAUGCCCAUCAUACGCUGAGUCGAUCAUGCAUGUACAAUUCACGAC